AUGCCGACGACUUCAGCUCCGACCGAUGCGCCGUCUACUGUAGCCCCGUCGACACCGACUCCGACUGCUGUAGACCCAUUGACCCUUGCGCCAAACAGUGAAGACCCGACGACGUCUACGCCAACGACGUCACCCGCAACAACAGAUGCGCCGGACACUGUAGCUCCGUUGACUCCUGCUCCUACGACUUCGCAUCCGACACCGAUGCCGACGACUUCAGCUCCGACCGAUGCGCCGCCUACUGUAGCCCCGUCGACACCGGCUCCGACUGCUGUAGACCCAUUGACCCUUGCGCCAAACAGUGAAGACCCGACGACGUCUACGCCAACGACGUCACCCGCAACAACAGAUGCGCCGGACACUGUAGCUCCGUUGACUCCUGCUCCUACGACUUCGCAUCCGACACCGAUGCCGACGACUUCAGCUCCGACCGAUGCGCCGUCUACUGUAGCCCCGUCGACACCGGCUCCGACUGCUGUAGACCCAUUGACCCUUGCGCCAAACAGUGAAGACCCGACGACGUCUACGCCAACGACGUCACCCGCAACAACAGAUGCGUCGGACACUGUAGCUCCGUUGACUCCUGCUCCUACGACUUCGCAUCCGACACCGAUGCCGACGACUUCAGCUCCGACCGAUGCGCCGUCUACUGUAGCCCCGUCGACACCGACUCCGACUGCUGUAGACCCAUUGACCCUUGCGCCAAACAGUGAAGACCCGACGACGUCUACGCCAACGACGUCACCCGCAACAACAGAUGCGUCGGACACUGUAGCUCCGUUGACUCCUGCUCCUACGACUUCGCAUCCGACACCGAUGCCGACGACUUCAGCUCCGACCGAUGCGCCGUCUACUGUAGCCCCGUCGACACCGGCUCCGACUGCUGUAGACCCAUUGACCCUUGCGCCAAACAGUGAAGACCCGACGACGUCUACGCCAACGACGUCACCCGCAACAACAGAUGCGCCGGACACUGUAGCUCCGUUGACUCCUGCUCCUACGACUUCGCAUCCGACACCGAUGCCGACGACUUCAGAUCCGACCGAUGCGCCGUCUACUGUAGCCCCGUCGACACCGACUCCGACUGCUGUAGACCCAUUGACCCUUGCGCCAAACAGUGAAGACCCGACGACGUCUACGCCAACGACGUCACCCGCAACAACAGAUGCGUCGGACACUGUAGCUCCGUUGACUCCUGCUCCUACGACUUCGCAUCCGACACCGGUGCCGACGACUUCAGCUCCGACCGAUGCGCCGUCUACUGUAGCCCCGUCGACACCGGCUCCGACUGCUGUAGACCCAUUGACCCUUGCGCCAAACAGUGAAGACCCGACGACGUCUACGCCAACGACGUCACCCGCAACAACAGAUGCGUCGGACACUGUAGCUCCGUUGACUCCUGCUCCUACGACUUCGCAUCCGACACCGAUGCCGACGACUUCAGCUCCGACCGAUGCGCCGUCUACUGUAGCCCCGUCGACACCGGCUCCGACUGCUGUAGACCCAUUGACCCUUGCGCCAAACAGUGAAGACCCGACGACGUCUACGCCAACGACGUCACCCGCAACAACAGAUGCGCCGGACACUGUAGCUCCGUUGACUCCUGCUCCUACGACUUCGCAUCCGACACCGGUGCCGACGACUUCAGCUCCGACCGAUGCGCCGUCUACUGUAGCCCCGUCGACACCGGCUCCGACUGCUGUAGACCCAUUGACCCUUGCGCCAAACAGUGAAGACCCGACGACGUCUACGCCAACGACGUCACCCGCAACAACAGAUGCGUCGGACACUGUAGCUCCGUUGACUCCUGCUCCUACGACUUCGCAUCCGACACCGAUGCCGACGACUUCAGCUCCGACCGAUGCGCCGUCUACUGUAGCCCCGUCGACACCGGCUCCGACUGCUGUAGACCCAUUGACCCUUGCGCCAAACAGUGAAGACCCGACGACGUCUACGCCAACGACGUCACCCGCAACAACAGAUGCGUCGGACACUGUAGCUCCGUUGACUCCUGCUCCUACGACUUCGCAUCCGACACCGAUGCCGACGACUUCAGAUCCGACCGAUGCGCCGUCUACUGUAGCCCCGUCGACACCGACUCCGACUGCUGUAGACCCAUUGACCCUUGCGCCAAACAGUGAAGACCCGACGACGUCUACGCCAACGACGUCACCCGCAACAACAGAUGCGUCGGACACUGUAGCUCCGUUGACUCCUGCUCCUACGACUUCGCAUCCGACACCGAUGCCGACGACUUCAGCUCCGACCGAUGCGCCGUCUACUGUAGCCCCGUCGACACCGACUCCGACUGCUGUAGACCCAUUGACCCUUGCGCCAAACAGUGAAGACCCGACGACGUCUACGCCAACGACGUCACCCGCAACAACAGAUGCGUCGGACACUGUAGCUCCGUUGACUCCUGCUCCUACGACUUCGCAUCCGACACCGAUGCCGACGACUUCAGCUCCGACCGAUGCGCCGUCUACUGUAGCCCCGUCGACACCGGCUCCGACUGCUGUAGACCCAUUGACCCUUGCGCCAAACAGUGAAGACCCGACGACGUCUACGCCAACGACGUCACCCGCAACAACAGAUGCGUCGGACACUGUAGCUCCGUUGACUCCUGCUCCUACGACUUCGCAUCCGACACCGAUGCCGACGACUUCAGAUCCGACCGAUGCGCCGUCUACUGUAGCCCCGUCGACACCGGCUCCGACUGCUGUAGACCCAUUGACCCUUGCGCCAAACAGUGAAGACCCGACGACGUCUACGCCAACGACGUCACCCGCAACAACAGAUGCGUCGGACACUGUAGCUCCGUUGACUCCUGCUCCUACGACUUCGCAUCCGACACCGAUGCCGACGACUUCAGCUCCGACCGAUGCGCCGUCUACUGUAGCCCCGUCGACACCGACUCCGACUGCUGUAGACCCAUUGACCCUUGCGCCAAACAGUGAAGACCCGACGACGUCUACGCCAACGACGUCACCCGCAACAACAGAUGCGUCGGACACUGUAGCUCCGUUGACUCCUGCUCCUACGACUUCGCAUCCGACACCGGUGCCGACGACUUCAGCUCCGACCGAUGCGCCGUCUACUGUAGCCCCGUCGACACCGGCUCCGACUGCUGUAGACCCAUUGACCCUUGCGCCAAACAGUGAAGACCCGACGACGUCUACGCCAACGACGUCACCCGCAACAACAGAUGCGCCGGACACUGUAGCUCCGUUGACUCCUGCUCCUACGACUUCGCAUCCGACACCGAUGCCGACGACUUCAGCUCCGACCGAUGCGCCGUCUACUGUAGCCCCGUCGACACCGGCUCCGACUGCUGUAGACCCAUUGACCCUUGCGCCAAACAGUGAAGACCCGACGACGUCUACGCCAACGACGUCACCCGCAACAACAGAUGCGUCGGACACUGUAGCUCCGUUGACUCCUGCUCCUACGACUUCGCAUCCGACACCGAUGCCGACGACUUCAGCUCCGACCGAUGCGCCGCCUACUGUAGCCCCGUCGACACCGGCUCCGACUGCUGUAGACCCAUUGACCCUUGCGCCAAACAGUGAAGACCCGACGACGUCUACGCCAACGACGUCACCCGCAACAACAGAUGCGUCGGACACUGUAGCUCCGUUGACUCCUGCUCCUACGACUUCGCAUCCGACACCGAUGCCGACGACUUCAGCUCCGACCGAUGCGCCGUCUACUGUAGCCCCGUCGACACCGGCUCCGACUGCUGUAGACCCAUUGACCCUUGCGCCAAACAGUGAAGACCCGACGACGUCUACGCCAACGACGUCACCCGCAACAACAGAUGCGUCGGACACUGUAGCUCCGUUGACUCCUGCUCCUACGACUUCGCAUCCGACACCGAUGCCGACGACUUCAGAUCCGACCGAUGCGCCGUCUACUGUAGCCCCGUCGACACCGACUCCGACUGCUGUAGACCCAUUGACCCUUGCGCCAAACAGUGAAGACCCGACGACGUCUACGCCAACGACGUCACCCGCAACAACAGAUGCGUCGGACACUGUAGCUCCGUUGACUCCUGCUCCUACGACUUCGCAUCCGACACCGAUGCCGACGACUUCAGCUCCGACCGAUGCGCCGCCUACUGUAGCCCCGUCGACACCGGCUCCGACUGCUGUAGACCCAUUGACCCUUGCGCCAAACAGUGAAGACCCGACGACGUCUACGCCAACGACGUCACCCGCAACAACAGAUGCGUCGGACACUGUAGCUCCGUUGACUCCUGCUCCUACGACUUCGCAUCCGACACCGAUGCCGACGACUUCAGAUCCGACCGAUGCGCCGUCUACUGUAGCCCCGUCGACACCGACUCCGACUGCUGUAGACCCAUUGACCCUUGCGCCAAACAGUGAAGACCCGACGACGUCUACGCCAACGACGUCACCCGCAACAACAGAUGCGUCGGACACUGUAGCUCCGUUGACUCCUGCUCCUACGACUUCGCAUCCGACACCGAUGCCGACGACUUCAGCUCCGACCGAUGCGCCGUCUACUGUAGCCCCGUCGACACCGGCUCCGACUGCUGUAGACCCAUUGACCCUUGCGCCAAACAGUGAAGACCCGACGACGUCUACGCCAACGACGUCACCCGCAACAACAGAUGCGUCGGACACUGUAGCUCCGUUGACUCCUGCUCCUACGACUUCGCAUCCGACACCGAUGCCGACGACUUCAGCUCCGACCGAUGCGCCGUCUACUGUAGCCCCGUCGACACCGGCUCCGACUGCUGUAGACCCAUUGACCCUUGCGCCAAACAGUGAAGACCCGACGACGUCUACGCCAACGACGUCACCCGCAACAACAGAUGCGUCGGACACUGUAGCUCCGUUGACUCCUGCUCCUACGACUUCGCAUCCGACACCGAUGCCGACGACUUCAGCUCCGACCGAUGCGCCGUCUACUGUAGCCCCGUCGACACCGACUCCGACUGCUGUAGACCCAUUGACCCUUGCGCCAAACAGUGAAGACCCGACGACGUCUACGCCAACGACGUCACCCGCAACAACAGAUGCGUCGGACACUGUAGCUCCGUUGACUCCUGCUCCUACGACUUCGCAUCCGACACCGAUGCCGACGACUUCAGCUCCGACCGAUGCGCCGUCUACUGUAGCCCCGUCGACACCGGCUCCGACUGCUGUAGACCCAUUGACCCUUGCGCCAAACAGUGAAGACCCGACGACGUCUACGCCAACGACGUCACCCGCAACAACAGAUGCGUCGGACACUGUAGCUCCGUUGACUCCUGCUCCUACGACUUCGCAUCCGACACCGAUGCCGACGACUUCAGCUCCGACCGAUGCGCCGUCUACUGUAGCCCCGUCGACACCGACUCCGACUGCUGUAGACCCAUUGACCCUUGCGCCAAACAGUGAAGACCCGACGACGUCUACGCCAACGACGUCACCCGCAACAACAGAUGCGUCGGACACUGUAGCUCCGUUGACUCCUGCUCCUACGACUUCGCAUCCGACACCGAUGCCGACGACUUCAGCUCCGACCGAUGCGCCGUCUACUGUAGCCCCGUCGACACCGGCUCCGACUGCUGUAGACCCAUUGACCCUUGCGCCAAACAGUGAAGACCCGACGACGUCUACGCCAACGACGUCACCCGCAACAACAGAUGCGUCGGACACUGUAGCUCCGUUGACUCCUGCUCCUACGACUUCGCAUCCGACACCGAUGCCGACGACUUCAGCUCCGACCGAUGCGCCGUCUACUGUAGCCCCGUCGACACCGGCUCCGACUGCUGUAGACCCAUUGACCCUUGCGCCAAACAGUGAAGACCCGACGACGUCUACGCCAACGACGUCACCCGCAACAACAGAUGCGUCGGACACUGUAGCUCCGUUGACUCCUGCUCCUACGACUUCGCAUCCGACACCGAUGCCGACGACUUCAGCUCCGACCGAUGCGCCGUCUACUGUAGCCCCGUCGACACCGGCUCCGACUGCUGUAGACCCAUUGACCCUUGCGCCAAACAGUGAAGACCCGACGACGUCUACGCCAACGACGUCACCCGCAACAACAGAUGCGUCGGACACUGUAGCUCCGUUGACUCCUGCUCCUACGACUUCGCAUCCGACACCGAUGCCGACGACUUCAGCUCCGACCGAUGCGCCGUCUACUGUAGCCCCGUCGACACCGGCUCCGACUGCUGUAGACCCAUUGACCCUUGCGCCAAACAGUGAAGACCCGACGACGUCUACGCCAACGACGUCACCCGCAACAACAGAUGCGUCGGACACUGUAGCUCCGUUGACUCCUGCUCCUACGACUUCGCAUCCGACACCGAUGCCGACGACUUCAGCUCCGACCGAUGCGCCGUCUACUGUAGCCCCGUCGACACCGACUCCGACUGCUGUAGACCCAUUGACCCUUGCGCCAAACAGUGAAGACCCGACGACGUCUACGCCAACGACGUCACCCGCAACAACAGAUGCGUCGGACACUGUAGCUCCGUUGACUCCUGCUCCUACGACUUCGCAUCCGACACCGAUGCCGACGACUUCAGCUCCGACCGAUGCGCCGUCUACUGUAGCCCCGUCGACACCGGCUCCGACUGCUGUAGACCCAUUGACCCUUGCGCCAAACAGUGAAGACCCGACGACGUCUACGCCAACGACGUCACCCGCAACAACAGAUGCGUCGGACACUGUAGCUCCGUUGACUCCUGCUCCUACGACUUCGCAUCCGACACCGAUGCCGACGACUUCAGCUCCGACCGAUGCGCCGUCUACUGUAGCCCCGUCGACACCGACUCCGACUGCUGUAGACCCAUUGACCCUUGCGCCAAACAGUGAAGACCCGACGACGUCUACGCCAACGACGUCACCCGCAACAACAGAUGCGUCGGACACUGUAGCUCCGUUGACUCCUGCUCCUACGACUUCGCAUCCGACACCGAUGCCGACGACUUCAGCUCCGACCGAUGCGCCGUCUACUGUAGCCCCGUCGACACCGGCUCCGACUGCUGUAGACCCAUUGACCCUUGCGCCAAACAGUGAAGACCCGACGACGUCUACGCCAACGACGUCACCCGCAACAACAGAUGCGUCGGACACUGUAGCUCCGUUGACUCCUGCUCCUACGACUUCGCAUCCGACACCGGUGCCGACGACUUCAGCUCCGACCGAUGCGCCGUCUACUGUAGCCCCGUCGACACCGACUCCGACUGCUGUAGACCCAUUGACCCUUGCGCCAAACAGUGAAGACCCGACGACGUCUACGCCAACGACGUCACCCGCAACAACAGAUGCGUCGGACACUGUAGCUCCGUUGACUCCUGCUCCUACGACUUCGCAUCCGACACCGAUGCCGACGACUUCAGCUCCGACCGAUGCGCCGUCUACUGUAGCCCCGUCGACACCGACUCCGACUGCUGUAGACCCAUUGACCCUUGCGCCAAACAGUGAAGACCCGACGACGUCUACGCCAACGACGUCACCCGCAACAACAGAUGCGUCGGACACUGUAGCUCCGUUGACUCCUGCUCCUACGACUUCGCAUCCGACACCGAUGCCGACGACUUCAGCUCCGACCGAUGCGCCGUCUACUGUAGCCCCGUCGACACCGGCUCCGACUGCUGUAGACCCAUUGACCCUUGCGCCAAACAGUGAAGACCCGACGACGUCUACGCCAACGACGUCACCCGCAACAACAGAUGCGUCGGACACUGUAGCUCCGUUGACUCCUGCUCCUACGACUUCGCAUCCGACACCGAUGCCGACGACUUCAGCUCCGACCGAUGCGCCGUCUACUGUAGCCCCGUCGACACCGGCUCCGACUGCUGUAGACCCAUUGACCCUUGCGCCAAACAGUGAAGACCCGACGACGUCUACGCCAACGACGUCACCCGCAACAACAGAUGCGUCGGACACUGUAGCUCCGUUGACUCCUGCUCCUACGACUUCGCAUCCGACACCGAUGCCGACGACUUCAGCUCCGACCGAUGCGCCGUCUACUGUAGCCCCGUCGACACCGGCUCCGACUGCUGUAGACCCAUUGACCCUUGCGCCAAACAGUGAAGACCCGACGACGUCUACGCCAACGACGUCACCCGCAACAACAGAUGCGUCGGACACUGUAGCUCCGUUGACUCCUGCUCCUACGACUUCGCAUCCGACACCGAUGCCGACGACUUCAGCUCCGACCGAUGCGCCGCCUACUGUAGCCCCGUCGACACCGACUCCGACUGCUGUAGACCCAUUGACCCUUGCGCCAAACAGUGAAGACCCGACGACGUCUACGCCAACGACGUCACCCGCAACAACAGAUGCGUCGGACACUGUAGCUCCGUUGACUCCUGCUCCUACGACUUCGCAUCCGACACCGAUGCCGACGACUUCAGCUCCGACCGAUGCGCCGUCUACUGUAGCCCCGUCGACACCGGCUCCGACUGCUGUAGACCCAUUGACCCUUGCGCCAAACAGUGAAGACCCGACGACGUCUACGCCAACGACGUCACCCGCAACAACAGAUGCGUCGGACACUGUAGCUCCGUUGACUCCUGCUCCUACGACUUCGCAUCCGACACCGGUGCCGACGACUUCAGCUCCGACCGAUGCGCCGUCUACUGUAGCCCCGUCGACACCGACUCCGACUGCUGUAGACCCAUUGACCCUUGCGCCAAACAGUGAAGACCCGACGACGUCUACGCCAACGACGUCACCCGCAACAACAGAUGCGUCGGACACUGUAGCUCCGUUGACUCCUGCUCCUACGACUUCGCAUCCGACACCGGUGCCGACGACUUCAGCUCCGACCGAUGCGCCGUCUACUGUAGCCCCGUCGACACCGACUCCGACUGCUGUAGACCCAUUGACCCUUGCGCCAAACAGUGAAGACCCGACGACGUCUACGCCAACGACGUCACCCGCAACAACAGAUGCGUCGGACACUGUAGCUCCGUUGACUCCUGCUCCUACGACUUCGCAUCCGACACCGAUGCCGACGACUUCAGCUCCGACCGAUGCGCCGUCUACUGUAGCCCCGUCGACACCGACUCCGACUGCUGUAGACCCAUUGACCCUUGCGCCAAACAGUGAAGACCCGACGACGUCUACGCCAACGACGUCACCCGCAACAACAGAUGCGUCGGACACUGUAGCUCCGUUGACUCCUGCUCCUACGACUUCGCAUCCGACACCGAUGCCGACGACUUCAGCUCCGACCGAUGCGCCGUCUACUGUAGCCCCGUCGACACCGACUCCGACUGCUGUAGACCCAUUGACCCUUGCGCCAAACAGUGAAGACCCGACGACGUCUACGCCAACGACGUCACCCGCAACAACAGAUGCGUCGGACACUGUAGCUCCGUUGACUCCUGCUCCUACGACUUUGCAUCCGACACCGAUGCCGACGACUUCAGCUCCGACCGAUGCGCCGUCUACUGUAGCCCCGUCGACACCGACUCCGACUGCUGUAGACCCAUUGACCCUUGCGCCAAACAGUGAAGACCCGACGACGUCUACGCCAACGACGUCACCCGCAACAACAGAUGCGUCGGACACUGUAGCUCCGUUGACUCCUGCUCCUACGACUUUGCAUCCGACACCGAUGCCGACGACUUCAGCUCCGACCGAUGCGCCGUCUACUGUAGCCCCGUCGACACCGGCUCCGACUGCUGUAGACCCAUUGACCCUUGCGCCAAACAGUGAAGACCCGACGACGUCUACGCCAACGACGUCACCCGCAACAACAGAUGCGUCGGACACUGUAGCUCCGUUGACUCCUGCUCCUACGACUUUGCAUCCGACACCGAUGCCGACGACUUCAGCUCCGACCGAUGCGCCGUCUACUGUAGCCCCGUCGACACCGGCUCCGACUGCUGUAGACCCAUUGACCCUUGCGCCAAACAGUGAAGACCCGACGACGUCUACGCCAACGACGUCACCCGCAACAACAGAUGCGUCGGACACUGUAGCUCCGUUGACUCCUGCUCCUACGACUUUGCAUCCGACACCGAUGCCGACGACUUCAGCUCCGACCGAUGCGCCGUCUACUGUAGCCCCGUCGACACCGACUCCGACUGCUGUAGACCCAUUGACCCUUGCGCCAAACAGUGAAGACCCGACGACGUCUACGCCAACGACGUCACCCGCAACAACAGAUGCGUCGGACACUGUAGCUCCGUUGACUCCUGCUCCUACGACUUUGCAUCCGACACCGAUGCCGACGACUUCAGCUCCGACCGUUGCGCCGUCUACUGUAGCCCCGUCGACACCGACUCCGACUGCUGUAGACCCAUUGACCCUUGCGCCAAACAGUGAAGACCCGACGACGUCUACGCCAACGACGUCACCCGCAACAACAGAUGCGUCGGACACUGUAGCUCCGUUGACUCCUGCUCCUACGACUUUGCAUCCGACACCGGUGCCGACGACUUCAGCUCCGACCGAUGCGCCGUCUACUGUAGCCCCGUCGACACCGGCUCCGACUGCUGUAGACCCAUUGACCCUUGCGCCAAACAGUGAAGACCCGACGACGUCUACGCCAACGACGUCACCCGCAACAACAGAUGCGUCGGACACUGUAGCUCCGUUGACUCCUGCUCCUACGACUUUGCAUCCGACACCGAUGCCGACGACUUCAGCUCCGACCGAUGCGCCGUCUACUGUAGCCCCGUCGACACCGACUCCGACUGCUGUAGACCCAUUGACCCUUGCGCCAAACAGUGAAGACCCGACGACGUCUACGCCAACGACGUCACCCGCAACAACAGAUGUGUCGGACACUGUAGCUCCGUUGACUCCUGCUCCUACGACUUUGCAUCCGACACCGAUGCCGACGACUUCAGCUCCGACCGAUGCGCCGUCUACUGUAGCCCCGUCGACACCGGCUCCGACUGCUGUAGACCCAUUGACCCUUGCGCCAAACAGUGAAGACCCGACGACGUCUACGCCAACGACGUCACCCGCAACAACAGAUGCGUCGGACACUGUAGCUCCGUUGACUCCUGCUCCUACGACUUUGCAUCCGACACCGAUGCCGACGACUUCAGCUCCGACCGAUGCGCCGUCUACUGUAGCCCCGUCGACACCGGCUCCGACUGCUGUAGACCCAUUGACCCUUGCGCCAAACAGUGAAGACCCGACGACGUCUACGCCAACGACGUCACCCGCAACAACAGAUGUGUCGGACACUGUAGCUCCGUUGACUCCUGCUCCUACGACUUUGCAUCCGACACCGAUGCCGACGACUUCAGCUCCGACCGUUGCGCCGUCUACUGUAGCCCCGUCGACACCGACUCCGACUGCUGUAGACCCAUUGACCCUUGCGCCAAACAGUGAAGACCCGACGACGUCUACGCCAACGACGUCACCCGCAACAACAGAUGCGUCGGACACUGUAGCUCCGUUGACUCCUGCUCCUACGACUUCGCAUCCGACACCGAUGCCGACGACUUCAGCUCCGACCGAUGCGCCGCCUACUGUAGCCCCGUCGACACCGACUCCGACUGCUGUAGACCCAUUGACCCUUGCGCCAAACAGUGAAGACCCGACGACGUCUACGCCAACGACGUCACCCGCAACAACAGAUGCGUCGGACACUGUAGCUCCGUUGACUCCUGCUCCUACGACUUUGCAUCCGACACCGAUGCCGACGACUUCAGCUCCGACCGAUGCGCCGUCUACUGUAGCCCCGUCGACACCGGCUCCGACUGCUGUAGACCCAUUGACCCUUGCGCCAAACAGUGAAGACCCGACGACGUCUACGCCAACGACGUCACCCGCAACAACAGAUGCGUCGGACACUGUAGCUCCGUUGACUCCUGCUCCUACGACUUUGCAUCCGACACCGGUGCCGACGACUUCAGCUCCGACCGAUGCGCCGCCUACUGUAGCCCCGUCGACACCGACUCCGACUGCUGUAGACCCAUUGACCCUUGCGCCAAACAGUGAAGACCCGACGACGUCUACGCCAACGACGUCACCCGCAACAACAGAUGCGUCGGACACUGUAGCUCCGUUGACUCCUGCUCCUACGACUUUGCAUCCGACACCGAUGCCGACGACUUCAGCUCCGACCGAUGCGCCGUCUACUGUAGCCCCGUCGACACCGGCUCCGACUGCUGUAGACCCAUUGACCCUUGCGCCAAACAGUGAAGACCCGACGACGUCUACGCCAACGACGUCACCCGCAACAACAGAUGCGUCGGACACUGUAGCUCCGUUGACUCCUGCUCCUACGACUUUGCAUCCGACACCGAUGCCGACGACUUCAGCUCCGACCGUUGCGCCGUCUACUGUAGCCCCGUCGACACCGGCUCCGACUGCUGUAGACCCAUUGACCCUUGCGCCAAACAGUGAAGACCCGACGACGUCUACGCCAACGACGUCACCCGCAACAACAGAUGCGUCGGACACUGUAGCUCCGUUGACUCCUGCUCCUACGACUUUGCAUCCGACACCGAUGCCGACGACUUCAGCUCCGACCGUUGCGCCGUCUACUGUAGCCCCGUCGACACCGGCUCCGACUGCUGUAGACCCAUUGACCCUUGCGCCAAACAGUGAAGACCCGACGACGUCUACGCCAACGACGUCACCCGCAACAACAGAUGCGUCGGACACUGUAGCUCCGUUGACUCCUGCUCCUACGACUUUGCAUCCGACACCGAUGCCGACGACUUCAGCUCCGACCGUUGCGCCGUCUACUGUAGCCCCGUCGACACCGACUCCGACUGCUGUAGACCCAUUGACCCUUGCGCCAAACAGUGAAGACCCGACGACGUCUACGCCAACGACGUCACCCGCAACAACAGAUGCGUCGGACACUGUAGCUCCGUUGACUCCUGCUCCUACGACUUCGCAUCCGACACCGAUGCCGACGACUUCAGCUCCGACCGAUGCGCCGACUACUGUAGCCCCGUCGACACCGGCUCCGACUGCUGUAGACCCAUUGACCCUUGCGCCAAACAGUGAAGACCCGACGACGUCUACGCCAACGACGUCACCCGCAACAACAGAUGCGUCGGACACUGUAGCUCCGUUGACUCCUGCUCCUACGACUUUGCAUCCGACACCGAUGCCGACGACUUCAGCUCCGACCGAUGCGCCGUCUACUGUAGCCCCGUCGACACCGGCUCCGACUGCUGUAGACCCAUUGACCCUUGCGCCAAACAGUGAAGACCCGACGACGUCUACGCCAACGACGUCACCCGCAACAACAGAUGCGUCGGACACUGUAGCUCCGUUGACUCCUGCUCCUACGACUUCGCAUCCGACACCGAUGCCGACGACUUCAGCUCCGACCGAUGCGCCGUCUACUGUAGCCCCGUCGACACCGGCUCCGACUGCUGUAGACCCAUUGACCCUUGCGCCAAACAGUGAAGACCCGACGACGUCUACGCCAACGACGUCACCCGCAACAACAGAUGCGUCGGACACUGUAGCUCCGUUGACUCCUGCUCCUACGACUUUGCAUCCGACACCGAUGCCGACGACUUCAGCUCCGACCGAUGCGCCGUCUACUGUAGCCCCGUCGACACCGGCUCCGACUGCUGUAGACCCAUUGACCCUUGCGCCAAACAGUGAAGACCCGACGACGUCUACGCCAACGACGUCACCCGCAACAACAGAUGCGUCGGACACUGUAGCUCCGUUGACUCCUGCUCCUACGACUUUGCAUCCGACACCGAUGCCGACGACUUCAGCUCCGACCGAUGCGCCGUCUACUGUAGCCCCGUCGACACCGACUCCGACUGCUGUAGACCCAUUGACCCUUGCGCCAAACAGUGAAGACCCGACGACGUCUACGCCAACGACGUCACCCGCAACAACAGAUGCGUCGGACACUGUAGCUCCGUUGACUCCUGCUCCUACGACUUUGCAUCCGACACCGAUGCCGACGACUUCAGCUCCGACCGUUGCGCCGUCUACUGUAGCCCCGUCGACACCGACUCCGACUGCUGUAGACCCAUUGACCCUUGCGCCAAACAGUGAAGACCCGACGACGUCUACGCCAACGACGUCACCCGCAACAACAGAUGCGUCGGACACUGUAGCUCCGUUGACUCCUGCUCCUACGACUUUGCAUCCGACACCGGUGCCGACGACUUCAGCUCCGACCGAUGCGCCGUCUACUGUAGCCCCGUCGACACCGGCUCCGACUGCUGUAGACCCAUUGACCCUUGCGCCAAACAGUGAAGACCCGACGACGUCUACGCCAACGACGUCACCCGCAACAACAGAUGCGUCGGACACUGUAGCUCCGUUGACUCCUGCUCCUACGACUUUGCAUCCGACACCGAUGCCGACGACUUCAGAUCCGACCGAUGCGCCGCCUACUGUAGCCCCGUCGACACCGGCUCCGACUGCUGUAGACCCAUUGACCCUUGCGCCAAACAGUGAAGACCCGACGACGUCUACGCCAACGACGUCACCCGCAACAACAGAUGCGUCGGACACUGUAGCUCCGUUGACUCCUGCUCCUACGACUUUGCAUCCGACACCGAUGCCGACGACUUCAGCUCCGACCGAUGCGCCGCCUACUGUAGCCCCGUCGACACCGGCUCCGACUGCUGUAGACCCAUUGACCCUUGCGCCAAACAGUGAAGACCCGACGACGUCUACGCCAACGACGUCACCCGCAACAACAGAUGCGUCGGACACUGUAGCUCCGUUGACUCCUGCUCCUACGACUUUGCAUCCGACACCGAUGCCGACGACUUCAGCUCCGACCGAUGCGCCGUCUACUGUAGCCCCGUCGACACCGGCUCCGACUGCUGUAGACCCAUUGACCCUUGCGCCAAACAGUGAAGACCCGACGACGUCUACGCCAACGACGUCACCCGCAACAACAGAUGCGUCGGACACUGUAGCUCCGUUGACUCCUGCUCCUACGACUUCGCAUCCGACACCGAUGCCGACGACUUCAGCUCCGACCGUUGCGCCGUCUACUGUAGCCCCGUCGACACCGACUCCGACUGCUCUCCGACCGAUGCGCCGAUCUACUGUAGCCCCGUCGACACCGACUCCGACUGCUGUAGACCCAUUGACCCUUGCGCCAAACAGUGAAGACCCGACGACGUCUACGCCAACGACGUCACCCGCAACAACAGAUGCGCCGGACACUGUAGCUCCGUUGACUCCUGCUCCUACGACUUCGCAUCCGACACCGGUGCCGACGACUUCAGCUCCGACCGAUGCGCCGUCUACUGUAGCCCCGUCGACACCGGCUCCGACUGCUGUAGACCCAUUGACCCUUGCGCCAAACAGUGAAGACCCGACGACGUCUACGCCAACGACGUCACCCGCAACAACAGAUGCGUCGGACACUGUAGCUCCGUUGACUCCUGCUCCUACGACUUCGCAUCCGACACCGAUGCCGACGACUUCAGCUCCGACCGAUGCGCCGUCUACUGUAGCCCCGUCGACACCGACUCCGACUGCUGUAGACCCAUUGACCCUUGCGCCAAACAGUGAAGACCCGACGACGUCUACGCCAACGACGUCACCCGCAACAACAGAUGCGUCGGACACUGUAGCUCCGUUGACUCCUGCUCCUACGACUUCGCAUCCGACACCGAUGCCGACGACUUCAGCUCCGACCGAUGCGCCGUCUACUGUAGCCCCGUCGACACCGACUCCGACUGCUGUAGACCCAUUGACCCUUGCGCCAAACAAUGAAGACCCGACGACGUCUACGCCAACGACGUCACCCGCAACAACAGAUGCGCCGGACACUGUAGCUCCGUUGACUCCUGCUCCUACGACUUCGCAUCCGACACCGAUGCCGACGACUUCAGCUCCGACCGAUGCGCCGUCUACUGUAGCCCCGUCGACACCGACUCCGACUGCUGUAGACCCAUUGACCCUUGCGCCAAACAGUGAAGACCCGACGACGUCUACGCCAACGACGUCACCCGCAACAACAGAUGCGUCGGACACUGUAGCUCCGUUGACUCCUGCUCCUACGACUUCGCAUCCGACACCGAUGCCGACGACUUCAGCUCCGACCGAUGCGCCGUCUACUGUAGCCCCGUCGACACCGACUCCGACUGCUGUAGACCCAUUGACCCUUGCGCCAAACAAUGAAGACCCGACGACGUCUACGCCAACGACGUCACCCGCAACAACAGAUGCGCCGGACACUGUAGCUCCGUUGACUCCUGCUCCUACGACUUCGCAUCCGACACCGAUGCCGACGACUUCAGAUCCGACCGAUGCGCCGUCUACUGUAGCCCCGUCGACACCGACUUCGACUGCUGUAGACCCAUUGACCCUUGCGCCAAACAGUGAAGACCCGACGACGUCUACGCCAACGACGUCACCCGCAACAACAGAUGCGCCGGACACUGUAGCUCCGUUGACUCCUGCUCCUACGACUUCGCAUCCGACACCGGUGCCGACGACUUCAGCUCCGACCGAUGCGCCGUCUACUGUAGCCCCGUCGACACCGGCUCCGACUGCUGUAGACCCAUUGACCCUUGCGCCAAACAGUGAAGACCCGACGACGUCUACGCCAACGACGUCACCCGCAACAACAGAUGCGUCGGACACUGUAGCUCCGUUGACUCCUGCUCCUACGACUUCGCAUCCGACACCGGUGCCGACGACUUCAGCUCCGACCGAUGCGCCGAUCUACUACCCGACGACGUCUACGCCAACGACGUCACCCGCAACAACAGAUGCGCCGGACACUGUAGCUCCGUUGACUCCUGCUCCUACGACUUCGCAUCCGACACCGGUGCCGACGACUUCAGCUCCGACCGAUGCGCCGUCUACUGUAGCCCCGUCGACACCGGCUCCGACUGCUGUAGACCCAUUGACCCUUGCGCCAAACAGUGAAGACCCGACGACGUCUACGCCAACGACGUCACCCGCAACAACAGAUGCGCCGGACACUGUAGCUCCGUUGACUCCUGCUCCUACGACUUCGCAUCCGACACCGAUGCCGACGACUUCAGCUCCGACCGAUGCGCCGAUCUACUACCCGACGACGUCUACGCCAACGACGUCACCCGCAACAACAGAUGCGCCGGACACUGUAGCUCCGUUGACUCCUGCUCCUACGACUUUGCAUCCGACACCGAUGCCGACGACUUCAGCUCCGACCGAUGCGCCGUCUACUGUAGCCCCGUCGACACCGACUCCGACUGCUGUAGACCCAUUGACCCUUGCGCCAAACAGUGAAGACCCGACGACGUCUACGCCAACGACGUCACCCGCAACAACAGAUGCGCCGGACACUGUAGCUCCGUUGACUCCUGCUCCUACGACUUCGCAUCCGACACCGAUGCCGACGACUUCAGCUCCGACCGAUGCGCCGUCUACUGUAGCCCCGUCGACACCGACUUCGACUGCUGUAGACCCAUUGACCCUUGCGCCAAACAAUGAAGACCCGACGACGUCUACGCCAACGACGUCACCCGCAACAACAGAUGCGCCGGACACUGUAGCUCCGUUGACUCCUGCUCCUACGACUUCGCAUCCGACACCGAUGCCGACGACUUCAGCUCCGACCGAUGCGCCGUCUACUGUAGCCCCGUCGACACCGACUUCGACUGCUGUAGACCCAUUGACCCUUGCGCCAAACAGUGAAGACCCGACGACGUCUACGCCAACGACGUCACCCGCAACAACAGAUGCGCCGGACACUGUAGCUCCGUUGACUCCUGCUCCUACGACUUCGCAUCCGACACCGGUGCCGACGACUUCAGCUCCGACCGAUGCGCCGUCUACUGUAGCCCCGUCGACACCGGCUCCGACUGCUGUAGACCCAUUGACCCUUGCGCCAAACAAUGAAGACCCGACGACGUCUACGCCAACGACGUCACCCGCAACAACAGAUGCGCCGGACACUGUAGCUCCGUUGACUCCUGCUCCUACGACUUCGCAUCCGACACCGAUGCCGACGACUUCAGAUCCGACCGAUGCGCCGUCUACUGUAGCCCCGUCGACACCAACUCCGACUGCUGUAGACCCAUUGACCCUUGCGCCAAACAGUGAAGACCCGACGACGUCUACGCCAACGACGUCACCCGCAACAACAGAUGCGCCGGACACUGUAGCUCCGUUGACUCCUGCUCCUACGACUUCGCAUCCGACACCGAUGCCGACGACUUCAGCUCCGACCGAUGCGCCGUCUACUGUAGCCCCGUCGACACCGGCUCCGACUGCUGUAGACCCAUUGACCCUUGCGCCAAACAGUGAAGACCCGACGACGUCUACGCCAACGACGUCACCCGCAACAACAGAUGCGCCGGACACUGUAGCUCCGUUGACUCCUGCUCCUACGACUUCGCAUCCGACACCGAUGCCGACGACUUCAGCUCCGACCGAUGCGCCGUCUACUGUAGCCCCGUCGACACCGACUCCGACUGCUGUAGACCCAUUGACCCUUGCGCCAAACAAUGAAGACCCGACGACGUCUACGCCAACGACGUCACCCGCAACAACAGAUGCGCCGGACACUGUAGCUCCGUUGACUCCUGCUCCUACGACUUCGCAUCCGACACCGAUGCCGACGACUUCAGCUCCGACCGAUGCGCCGUCUACUGUAGCCCCGUCGACACCAACUCCGACUGCUGUAGACCCAUUGACCCUUGCGCCAAACAGUGAAGACCCGACGACGUCUACGCCAACGACGUCACCCGCAACAACAGAUGCGUCGGACACUGUAGCUCCGUUGACUCCUGCUCCUACGACUUCGCAUCCGACACCGGUGCCGACGACUUCAGCUCCGACCGAUGCGCCGUCUACUGUAGCCCCGUCGACACCGGCUCCGACUGCUGUAGACCCAUUGACCCUUGCGCCAAACAAUGAAGACCCGACGACGUCUACGCCAACGACGUCACCCGCAACAACAGAUGCGCCGGACACUGUAGCUCCGUUGACUCCUGCUCCUACGACUUCGCAUCCGACACCGAUGCCGACGACUUCAGCUCCGACCGAUGCGCCGUCUACUGUAGCCCCGUCGACACCAACUUCGACUGCUGUAGACCCAUUGACCCUUGCGCCAAACAAUGAAGACCCGACGACGUCUACGCCAACGACGUCACCCGCAACAACAGAUGCGUCGGACACUGUAGCUCCGUUGACUCCUGCUCCUACGACUUCGCAUCCGACACCGAUGCCGACGACUUCAGCUCCGACCGAUGCGCCGUCUACUGUAGCCCCGUCGACACCGACUCCGACUGCUGUAGACCCAUUGACCCUUGCGCCAAACAAUGAAGACCCGACGACGUCUACGCCAACGACGUCACCCGCAACAACAGAUGCGCCGGACACUGUAGCUCCGUUGACUCCUGCUCCUACGACUUCGCAUCCGACACCGAUGCCGACGACUUCAGCUCCGACCGAUGCGCCGUCUACUGUAGCCCCGUCGACACCAACUUCGAUUGCUGUAGACCCAUUGACCCUUGCGCCAAACAGUGAAGACCCGACGACGUCUACGCCAACGACGUCACCCGCAACAACAGAUGCGCCGGACACUGUAGCUCCGUUGACUCCUGCUCCUACGACUUCGCAUCCGACACCGGUGCCGACGACUUCAGCUCCGACCGAUGCGCCGUCUACUGUAGCCCCGUCGACACCGGCUCCGACUGCUGUAGACCCAUUGACCCUUGCGCCAAACAGUGAAGACCCGACGACGUCUACGCCAACGACGUCACCCGCAACAACAGAUGCGUCGGACACUGUAGCUCCGUUGACUCCUGCUCCUACGACUUCGCAUCCGACACCGAUGCCGACGACUUCAGCUCCGACCGAUGCGCCGUCUACUGUAGCCCCGUCGACACCGACUCCGAUUGCUGUAGACCCAUUGACCCUUGCGCCAAACAGUGAAGACCCGACGACGUCUACGCCAACGACGUCACCCGCAACAACAGAUGCGCCGGACACUGUAGCUCCGUUGACUCCUGCUCCUACGACUUUGCAUCCGACACCGAUGCCGACGACUUCAGCUCCGACCGAUGCGCCGUCUACUGUAGCCCCGUCGACACCAACUCCGACUGCUGUAGACCCAUUGACCCUUGCGCCAAACAAUGAAGACCCGACGACGUCUACGCCAACGACGUCACCCGCAACAACAGAUGCGCCGGACACUGUAGCUCCGUUGACUCCUGCUCCUACGACUUCGCAUCCGACACCGGUGCCGACGACUUCAGCUCCGACCGAUGCGCCGUCUACUGUAGCCCCGUCGACACCAACUCCGAUUGCUGUAGACCCAUUGACCCUUGCGCCAAACAGUGAAGACCCGACGACGUCUACGCCAACGACGUCACCCGCAACAACAGAUGCGCCGGACACUGUAGCUCCGUUGACUCCUGCUCCUACGACUUCGCAUCCGACACCGAUGCCGACGACUUCAGCUCCGACCGAUGCGCCGUCUACUGUAGCCCCGUCGACACCAACUUCGAUUGCUGUAGACCCAUUGACCCUUGCGCCAAACAAUGAAGACCCGACGACGUCUACGCCAACGACGUCACCCGCAACAACAGAUGCGCCGGACACUGUAGCUCCGUUGACUCCUGCUCCUACGACUUCGCAUCCGACACCGAUGCCGACGACUUCAGCUCCGACCGAUGCGCCGUCUACUGUAGCCCCGUCGACACCGACUUCGACUGCUGUAGACCCAUUGACCCUUGCGCCAAACAAUGAAGACCCGACGACGUCUACGCCAACGACGUCACCCGCAACAACAGAUGCGCCGGACACUGUAGCUCCGUUGACUCCUGCUCCUACGACUUCGCAUCCGACACCGAUGCCGACGACUUCAGCUCCGACCGAUGCGCCGUCUACUGUAGCCCCGUCGACACCAACUUCGAUUGCUGUAGACCCAUUGACCCUUGCGCCAAACAAUGAAGACCCGACGACGUCUACGCCAACGACGUCACCCGCAACAACAGAUGCGUCGGACACUGUAGCUCCGUUGACUCCUGCUCCUACGACUUCGCAUCCGACACCGAUGCCGACGACUUCAGCUCCGACCGAUGCGCCGUCUACUGUAGCCCCGUCGACACCGACUCCGACUGCUGUAGACCCAUUGACCCUUGCGCCAAACAGUGAAGACCCGACGACGUCUACGCCAACGACGUCACCCGCAACAACAGAUGCGCCGGACACUGUAGCUCCGUUGACUCCUGCUCCUACGACUUCGCAUCCGACACCGAUGCCGACGACUUCAGCUCCGACCGAUGCGCCGUCUACUGUAGCCCCGUCGACACCAACUUCGAUUGCUGUAGACCCAUUGACCCUUGCGCCAAACAGUGAAGACCCGACGACGUCUACGCCAACGACGUCACCCGCAACAACAGAUGCGUCGGACACUGUAGCUCCGUUGACUCCUGCUCCUACGACUUCGCAUCCGACACCGGUGCCGACGACUUCAGCUCCGACCGAUGCGCCGUCUACUGUAGCCCCGUCGACACCGGCUCCGACUGCUGUAGACCCAUUGACCCUUGCGCCAAACAAUGAAGACCCGACGACGUCUACGCCAACGACGUCACCCGCAACAACAGAUGCGUCGGACACUGUAGCUCCGUUGACUCCUGCUCCUACGACUUUGCAUCCGACACCGAUGCCGACGACUUCAGCUCCGACCGAUGCGCCGUCUACUGUAGCCCCGUCGACACCAACUUCGAUUGCUGUAGACCCAUUGACCCUUGCGCCAAACAAUGAAGACCCGACGACGUCUACGCCAACGACGUCACCCGCAACAACAGAUGCGUCGGACACUGUAGCUCCGUUGACUCCUGCUCCUACGACUUCGCAUCCGACACCGGUGCCGACGACUUCAGCUCCGACCGAUGCGCCGUCUACUGUAGCCCCGUCGACACCAACUUCGAUUGCUGUAGACCCAUUGACCCUUGCGCCAAACAGUGAAGACCCGACGACGUCUACGCCAACGACGUCACCCGCAACAACAGAUGCGCCGGACACUGUAGCUCCGUUGACUCCUGCUCCUACGACUUUGCAUCCGACACCGAUGCCGACGACUUCAGCUCCGACCGAUGCGCCGUCUACUGUAGCCCCGUCGACACCAACUUCGAUUGCUGUAGACCCAUUGACCCUUGCGCCAAACAAUGAAGACCCGACGACGUCUACGCCAACGACGUCACCCGCAACAACAGAUGCGUCGGACACUGUAGCUCCGUUGACUCCUGCUCCUACGACUUCGCAUCCGACACCGGUGCCGACGACUUCAGCUCCGACCGAUGCGCCGUCUACUGUAGCCCCGUCGACACCGACUUCGACUGCUGUAGACCCAUUGACCCUUGCGCCAAACAAUGAAGACCCGACGACGUCUACGCCAACGACGUCACCCGCAACAACAGAUGCGUCGGACACUGUAGCUCCGUUGACUCCUGCUCCUACGACUUCGCAUCCGACACCGAUGCCGACGACUUCAGCUCCGACCGAUGCGCCGUCUACUGUAGCCCCGUCGACACCGACUUCGAUUGCUGUAGACCCAUUGACCCUUGCGCCAAACAGUGAAGACCCGACGACGUCUACGCCAACGACGUCACCCGCAACAACAGAUGCGCCGGACACUGUAGCUCCGUUGACUCCUGCUCCUACGACUUCGCAUCCGACACCGAUGCCGACGACUUCAGCUCCGACCGAUGCGCCGUCUACUGUAGCCCCGUCGACACCGACUCCGACUGCUGUAGACCCAUUGACCCUUGCGCCAAACAGUGAAGACCCGACGACGUCUACGCCAACGACGUCACCCGCAACAACAGAUGCGUCGGACACUGUAGCUCCGUUGACUCCUGCUCCUACGACUUCGCAUCCGACACCGAUGCCGACGACUUCAGCUCCGACCGAUGCGCCGAUUACUGUAGCCCCGUCGACACCAACUUCGAUUGCUGUAGACCCAUUGACCCUUGCGCCAAACAGUGAAGACCCGACGACGUCUACGCCAACGACGUCACCCGCAACAACAGAUGCGCCGGACACUGUAGCUCCGUUGACUCCUGCUCCUACGACUUCGCAUCCGACACCGGUGCCGACGACUUCAGCUCCGACCGAUGCGCCGUCUACUGUAGCCCCGUCGACACCGGCUCCGACUGCUGUAGACCCAUUGACCCUUGCGCCAAACAGUGAAGACCCGACGACGUCUACGCCAACGACGUCACCCGCAACAACAGAUGCGCCGGACACUGUAGCUCCGUUGACUCCUGCUCCUACGACUUCGCAUCCGACACCGAUGCCGACGACUUCAGCUCCGACCGAUGCGCCGUCUACUGUAGCCCCGUCGACACCGACUUCGACUGCUGUAGACCCAUUGACCCUUGCGCCAAACAGUGAAGACCCGACGACGUCUACGCCAACGACGUCACCCGCAACAACAGAUGCGCCGGACACUGUAGCUCCGUUGACUCCUGCUCCUACGACUUCGCAUCCGACACCGAUGCCGACGACUUCAGCUCCGACCGAUGCGCCGACUACUGUAGCCCCGUCGACACCGGCUCCGACUGCUGUAGACCCAUUGACCCUUGCGCCAAACAAUGAAGACCCGACGACGUCUACGCCAACGACGUCACCCGCAACAACAGAUGCGUCGGACACUGUAGCUCCGUUGACUCCUGCUCCUACGACUUCGCAUCCGACACCGGUGCCGACGACUUCAGCUCCGACCGAUGCGCCGUCUACUGUAGCCCCGUCGACACCGACUCCGACUGCUGUAGACCCAUUGACCCUUGCGCCAAACAGUGAAGACCCGACGACGUCUACGCCAACGACGUCACCCGCAACAACAGAUGCGCCGGACACUGUAGCUCCGUUGACUCCUGCUCCUACGACUUCGCAUCCGACACCGAUGCCGACGACUUCAGCUCCGACCGAUGCGCCGUCUACUGUAGCCCCGUCGACACCGACUCCGACUGCUGUAGACCCAUUGACCCUUGCGCCAAACAGUGAAGACCCGACGACGUCUACGCCAACGACGUCACCCGCAACAACAGAUGCGUCGGACACUGUAGCUCCGUUGACUCCUGCUCCUACGACUUCGCAUCCGACACCGGUGCCGACGACUUCAGCUCCGACCGAUGCGCCGUCUACUGUAGCCCCGUCGACACCGGCUCCGACUGCUGUAGACCCAUUGACCCUUGCGCCAAACAGUGAAGACCCGACGACGUCUACGCCAACGACGUCACCCGCAACAACAGAUGCGUCGGACACUGUAGCUCCGUUGACUCCUGCUCCUACGACUUCGCAUCCGACACCGAUGCCGACGACUUCAGCUCCGACCGAUGCGCCGUCUACUGUAGCCCCGUCGACACCGACUCCGACUGCUGUAGACCCAUUGACCCUUGCGCCAAACAGUGAAGACCCGACGACGUCUACGCCAACGACGUCACCCGCAACAACAGAUGCGUCGGACACUGUAGCUCCGUUGACUCCUGCUCCUACGACUUCGCAUCCGACACCGGUGCCGACGACUUCAGCUCCGACCGAUGCGCCGUCUACUGUAGCCCCGUCGACACCGGCUCCGACUGCUGUAGACCCAUUGACCCUUGCGCCAAACAGUGAAGACCCGACGACGUCUACGCCAACGACGUCACCCGCAACAACAGAUGCGCCGGACACUGUAGCUCCGUUGACUCCUGCUCCUACGACUUCGCAUCCGACACCGGUGCCGACGACUUCAGCUCCGACCGAUGCGCCGUCUACUGUAGCCCCGUCGACACCGACUCCGACUGCUGUAGACCCAUUGACCCUUGCGCCAAACAGUGAAGACCCGACGACGUCUACGCCAACGACGUCACCCGCAACAACAGAUGCGCCGGACACUGUAGCUCCGUUGACUCCUGCUCCUACGACUUCGCAUCCGACACCGGUGCCGACGACUUCAGAUCCGACCGAUGCGCCGUCUACUGUAGCCCCGUCGACACCGGCUCCGACUGCUGUAGACCCAUUGACCCUUGCGCCAAACAGUGAAGACCCGACGACGUCUACGCCAACGACGUCACCCGCAACAACAGAUGUGUCGGACACUGUAGCUCCGUUGACUCCUGCUCCUACGACUUCGCAUCCGACACCGAUGCCGACGACUUCAGCUCCGACCGAUGCGCCGUCUACUGUAGCCCCGUCGACACCGACUCCGACUGCUGUAGACCCAUUGACCCUUGCGCCAAACAGUGAAGACCCGACGACGUCUACGCCAACGACGUCACCCGCAACAACAGAUGCGUCGGACACUGUAGCUCCGUUGACUCCUGCUCCUACGACUUCGCAUCCGACACCGAUGCCGACGACUUCAGAUCCGACCGAUGCGCCGUCUACUGUAGCCCCGUCGACACCGGCUCCGACUGCUGUAGACCCAUUGACCCUUGCGCCAAACAAUGAAGACCCGACGACGUCUACGCCAACGACGUCACCCGCAACAACAGAUGCGUCGGACACUGUAGCUCCGUUGACUCCUGCUCCUACGACUUCGCAUCCGACACCGAUGCCGACGACUUCAGCUCCGACCGAUGCGCCGUCUACUGUAGCCCCGUCGACACCAACUCCGACUGCUGUAGACCCAUUGACCCUUGCGCCAAACAGUGAAGACCCGACGACGUCUACGCCAACGACGUCACCCGCAACAACAGAUGCGUCGGACACUGUAGCUCCGUUGACUCCUGCUCCUACGACUUUGCAUCCGACACCGAUGCCGACGACUUCAGCUCCGACCGAUGCGCCGUCUACUGUAGCCCCGUCGACACCGACUCCGACUGCUGUAGACCCAUUGACCCUUGCGCCAAACAGUGAAGACCCGACGACGUCUACGCCAACGACGUCACCCGCAACAACAGAUGCGCCGGACACUGUAGCUCCGUUGACUCCUGCUCCUACGACUUUGCAUCCGACACCGAUGCCGACGACUUCAGCUCCGACCGAUGCGCCGUCUACUGUAGCCCCGUCGACACCGACUCCGACUGCUGUAGACCCAUUGACCCUUGCGCCAAACAGUGAAGACCCGACGACGUCUACGCCAACGACGUCACCCGCAACAACAGAUGCGCCGGACACUGUAGCUCCGUUGACUCCUGCUCCUACGACUUCGCAUCCGACACCGAUGCCGACGACUUCAGCUCCGACCGAUGCGCCGUCUACUGUAGCCCCGUCGACACCGACUCCGACUGCUGUAGACCCAUUGACCCUUGCGCCAAACAGUGAAGACCCGACGACGUCUACGCCAACGACGUCACCCGCAACAACAGAUGCGUCGGACACUGUAGCUCCGUUGACUCCUGCUCCUACGACUUUGCAUCCGACACCGGUGCCGACGACUUCAGCUCCGACCGAUGCGCCGUCUACUGUAGCCCCGUCGACACCGACUCCGACUGCUGUAGACCCAUUGACCCUUGCGCCAAACAGUGAAGACCCGACGACGUCUACGCCAACGACGUCACCCGCAACAACAGAUGCGCCGGACACUGUAGCUCCGUUGACUCCUGCUCCUACGACUUUGCAUCCGACACCGAUGCCGACGACUUCAGCUCCGACCGAUGCGCCGACUACUGUAGCCCCGUCGACACCGGCUCCGACUGCUGUAGACCCAUUGACCCUUGCGCCAAACAGUGAAGACCCGACGACGUCUACGCCAACGACGUCACCCGCAACAACAGAUGUGUCGGACACUGUAGCUCCGUUGACUCCUGCUCCUACGACUUCGCAUCCGACACCGAUGCCGACGACUUCAGCUCCGACCGAUGCGCCGUCUACUGUAGCCCCGUCGACACCGGCUCCGACUGCUGUAGACCCAUUGACCCUUGCGCCAAACAGUGAAGACCCGACGACGUCUACGCCAACGACGUCACCCGCAACAACAGAUGCGUCGGACACUGUAGCUCCGUUGACUCCUGCUCCUACGACUUCGCAUCCGACACCGGUGCCGACGACUUCAGCUCCGACCGAUGCGCCGCCUACUGUAGCCCCGUCGACACCGACUCCGACUGCUGUAGACCCAUUGACCCUUGCGCCAAACAGUGAAGACCCGACGACGUCUACGCCAACGACGUCACCCGCAACAACAGAUGCGCCGGACACUGUAGCUCCGUUGACUCCUGCUCCUACGACUUUGCAUCCGACACCGGUGCCGACGACUUCAGCUCCGACCGAUGCGCCGUCUACUGUAGCCCCGUCGACACCGGCUCCGACUGCUGUAGACCCAUUGACCCUUGCGCCAAACAGUGAAGACCCGACGACGUCUACGCCAACGACGUCACCCGCAACAACAGAUGCGUCGGACACUCUCCGACCGAUGCGCCGAUCUACUGUAGCCCCGUCGACACCGGCUCCGACUGCUGUAGACCCAUUGACCCUUGCGCCAAACAGUGAAGACCCGACGACGUCUACGCCAACGACGUCACCCGCAACAACAGAUGUGUCGGACACUGUAGCUCCGUUGACUCCUGCUCCUACGACUUUGCAUCCGACACCGGUGCCGACGACUUCAGCUCCGACCGAUGCGCCGUCUACUGUAGCCCCGUCGACACCGGCUCCGACUGCUGUAGACCCAUUGACCCUUGCGCCAAACAGUGAAGACCCGACGACGUCUACGCCAACGACGUCACCCGCAACAACAGAUGCGUCGGACACUCUCCGACCGAUGCGCCGAUCUACUGUAGCCCCGUCGACACCGACUCCGACUGCUGUAGACCCAUUGACCCUUGCGCCAAACAGUGAAGACCCGACGACGUCUACGCCAACGACGUCACCCGCAACAACAGAUGCGUCGGACACUGUAGCUCCGUUGACUCCUGCUCCUACGACUUCGCAUCCGACACCGGUGCCGACGACUUCAGCUCCGACCGAUGCGCCGCCUACUGUAGCCCCGUCGACACCGACUCCGACUGCUGUAGACCCAUUGACCCUUGCGCCAAACAGUGAAGACCCGACGACGUCUACGCCAACGACGUCACCCGCAACAACAGAUGCGCCGGACACUCUCCGACCGAUGCGCCGAUCUACUGUAGCCCCGUCGACACCGACUCCGACUGCUGUAGACCCAUUGACCCUUGCGCCAAACAGUGAAGACCCGACGACGUCUACGCCAACGACGUCACCCGCAACAACAGAUGCGUCGGACACUGUAGCUCCGUUGACUCCUGCUCCUACGACUUUGCAUCCGACACCGAUGCCGACGACUUCAGAUCCGACCGAUGCGCCGUCUACUGUAGCCCCGUCGACACCGGCUCCGACUGCUGUAGACCCAUUGACCCUUGCGCCAAACAGUGAAGACCCGACGACGUCUACGCCAACGACGUCACCCGCAACAACAGAUGCGUCGGACACUGUAGCUCCGUUGACUCCUGCUCCUACGACUUUGCAUCCGACACCGGUGCCGACGACUUCAGCUCCGACCGAUGCGCCGCCUACUGUAGCCCCGUCGACACCGACUCCGACUGCUGUAGACCCAUUGACCCUUGCGCCAAACAGUGAAGACCCGACGACGUCUACGCCAACGACGUCACCCGCAACAACAGAUGCGUCGGACACUGUAGCUCCGUUGACUCCUGCUCCUACGACUUUGCAUCCGACACCCCGUGAAGACCCGACGACGUCUACGCCAACGACGUCACCCGCAACAACAGAUGCGCCGGACACUGUAGCUCCGUUGACUCCUGCUCCUACGACUUUGCAUCCGACACCGGUGCCGACGACUUCAGCUCCGACCGAUGCGCCGCCUACUGUAGCCCCGUCGACACCGGCUCCGACUGCUGUAGACCCAUUGACCCUUGCGCCAAACAGUGAAGACCCGACGACGUCUACGCCAACGACGUCACCCGCAACAACAGAUGCGCCGGACACUGUAGCUCCGUUGACUCCUGCUCCUACGACUUUGCAUCCGACACCGCCCGACCCAUUGACCCUUGCGCCAAACAGUGAAGACCCGACGACGUCUACGCCAACGACGUCACCCGCAACAACAGAUGCGCCGGACACUGUAGCUCCGUUGACUCCUGCUCCUACGACUUUGCAUCCGACACCGAUGCCGACGACUUCAGCUCCGACCGAUGCGCCGUCUACUGUAGCCCCGUCGACACCGGCUCCGACUGCUGUAGACCCAUUGACCCUUGCGCCAAACAGUGAAGACCCGACGACGUCUACGCCAACGACGUCACCCGCAACAACAGAUGCGCCGGACACUGUAGCUCCGUUGACUCCUGCUCCUACGACUUCGCAUCCGACACCGGUGCCGACGACUUCAGCUCCGACCGAUGCGCCGUCUACUGUAGCCCCGUCGACACCGGCUCCGACUGCUGUAGACCCAUUGACCCUUGCGCCAAACAGUGAAGACCCGACGACGUCUACGCCAACGACGUCACCCGCAACAACAGAUGCGCCGGACACUGUAGCUCCGUUGACUCCUGCUCCUACGACUUCGCAUCCGACACCGGUGCCGACGACUUCAGCUCCGACCGAUGCGCCGCCUACUGUAGCCCCGUCGACACCGGCUCCGACUGCUGUAGACCCAUUGACCCUUGCGCCAAACAGUGAAGACCCGACGACGUCUACGCCAACGACGUCACCCGCAACAACAGAUGCGCCGGACACUGUAGCUCCGUUGACUCCUGCUCCUACGACUUCGCAUCCGACACCGGUGCCGACGACUUCAGCUCCGACCGAUGCGCCGCCUACUGUAGCCCCGUCGACACCGGCUCCGACUGCUGUAGACCCAUUGACCCUUGCGCCAAACAGUGAAGACCCGACGACGUCUACGCCAACGACGUCACCCGCAACAACAGAUGCGCCGGACACUGUAGCUCCGUUGACUCCUGCUCCUACGACUUCGCAUCCGACACCGGUGCCGACGACUUCAGCUCCGACCGAUGCGCCGCCUACUGUAGCCCCGUCGACACCGACUCCGACUGCUGUAGACCCAUUGACCCUUGCGCCAAACAGUGAAGACCCGACGACGUCUACGCCAACGACGUCACCCGCAACAACAGAUGCGCCGGACACUGUAGCUCCGUUGACUCCUGCUCCUACGACUUCGCAUCCGACACCGAUGCCGACGACUUCAGAUCCGACCGAUGCGCCGCCUACUGUAGCCCCGUCGACACCGGCUCCGACUGCUGUAGACCCAUUGACCCUUGCGCCAAACAGUGAAGACCCGACGACGUCUACGCCAACGACGUCACCCGCAACAACAGAUGCGCCGGACACUGUAGCUCCGUUGACUCCUGCUCCUACGACUUCGCAUCCGACACCGGUGCCGACGACUUCAGCUCCGACCGAUGCGCCGACUACUGUAGCCCCGUCGACACCGGCUCCGACUGCUGUAGACCCAUUGACCCUUGCGCCAAACAGUGAAGACCCGACGACGUCUACGCCAACGACGUCACCCGCAACAACAGAUGCGUCGGACACUGUAGCUCCGUUGACUCCUGCUCCUACGACUUUGCAUCCGACACCGAUGCCGACGACUUCAGAUCCGACCGAUGCGCCGCCUACUGUAGCCCCGUCGACACCGACUCCGACUGCUGUAGACCCAUUGACCCUUGCGCCAAACAGUGAAGACCCGACGACGUCUACGCCAACGACGUCACCCGCAACAACAGAUGCGCCGGACACUGUAGCUCCGUUGACUCCUGCUCCUACGACUUUGCAUCCGACACCGGUGCCGACGACUUCAGCUCCGACCGAUGCGCCGCCUACUGUAGCCCCGUCGACACCGACUCCGACUGCUGUAGACCCAUUGACCCUUGCGCCAAACAGUGAAGACCCGACGACGUCUACGCCAACGACGUCACCCGCAACAACAGAUGCGCCGGACACUGUAGCUCCGUUGACUCCUGCUCCUACGACUUCGCAUCCGACACCGGUGCCGACGACUUCAGCUCCGACCGAUGCGCCGCCUACUGUAGCCCCGUCGACACCGGCUCCGACUGCUGUAGACCCAUUGACCCUUGCGCCAAACAGUGAAGACCCGACGACGUCUACGCCAACGACGUCACCCGCAACAACAGAUGCGCCGGACACUGUAGCUCCGUUGACUCCUGCUCCUACGACUUCGCAUCCGACACCGGUGCCGACGACUUCAGCUCCGACCGAUGCGCCGUCUACUGUAGCCCCGUCGACACCGGCUCCGACUGCUGUAGACCCAUUGACCCUUGCGCCAAACAGUGAAGACCCGACGACGUCUACGCCAACGACGUCACCCGCAACAACAGAUGCGCCGGACACUGUAGCUCCGUUGACUCCUGCUCCUACGACUUCGCAUCCGACACCGGUGCCGACGACUUCAGAUCCGACCGAUGCGCCGACUACUGUAGCCCCGUCGACACCGGCUCCGACUGCUGUAGACCCAUUGACCCUUGCGCCAAACAGUGAAGACCCGACGACGUCUACGCCAACGACGUCACCCGCAACAACAGAUGCGCCGGACACUGUAGCUCCGUUGACUCCUGCUCCUACGACUUCGCAUCCGACACCGAUGCCGACGACUUCAGAUCCGACCGAUGCGCCGUCUACUGUAGCCCCGUCGACACCGGCUCCGACUGCUGUAGACCCAUUGACCCUUGCGCCAAACAGUGAAGACCCGACGACGUCUCCUAAACCCUAA